ACUUCAUUGCGCAGCAAUUGUCAGUCAAAAUAUUUUGUUUUGAUCUCUCACAUUUUGCAAAAUCUCCAAUUACUUAAGAUUUUACGGUAAAAUAAAGUCUGAAAAUAUAAAAAUAUUGUGAAUUCUGUAUCCUAAGCCACAAUGGAAAUUGAAACAGCUGAGGGACAGCUGCAAAUCCAGCUGAAAACGAAGCAAAAACAGUAUGCCGUUCCGGACAUUCCCUACUCAAUUGCCGCCAGUGUGGCCACUGGAGAGCUCAAUACACUGGUGAAUACUCUGCUACAAGAGGCAGACUCCUGCCAUAAGAGCGUGGAGUUUGAUUUUCUUGUGGCUGGAGAAUUUCUGAGGCUGAGCCUUGGGGAGCAUUUGAAGCAAUUGAGCAUUUCCUUUGAAGAUGUCAUUGAUAUUGAGUAUGUGGAGAGAUUUCCAUCACCAGAGCCCCAGGACUGUCUGAUACAUGACGACUGGGUGGCUGCAGUGAAAUGCAGAGGCGAAUGGAUUCUUUCAGGAUGCUACGACAAUUCCCUGAAUAUCUGGACAGCGAAGGGAGAGCACAGACUUACAAUUUCUGAACACACAUCUCCCGUGAAGGCAGUUGCUUGGAUAUCUCUGGAUGCAGACAAUGGAGUUUUUGUAAGUGCUUCCCAGGAUCAAACAGCGAUGAUUUGGUCCUGGAAUAUUGCCAAGAACAAGGCGGAGUGCCUGUUCGUGUGCCGGGGCCAUGAGAGGGGAAUUGACUGUGUCGAUGUGAGUGAGAAUGGGCAGAGAAUAGCCACAGGGAGCUGGGACACGAUGCUGAAGGUGUGGUCAGCAGCACCGAGUGAUCCAUCAGAUGAUGCAGGAACUGCCAAGAAGGCUCGUGUUGAGCAAGGAAAAACCAGAACACCAAAUCUCACGCUUCAGGGCCACAAGGAAGCCAUCUCAGCUGUCCAGUGGAUAGACAAUGAAACCAUCCUGACGGGCUCCUGGGAUCACACGAUGAAAAUCUGGGAUUUGUCUAUGGAGGGUCUCAAGUCAGAAAUCGUUGGCAACAAGUCUUUCUUCGACGUUCACUUCUCCAGGCUGUCAGGGCUUAUCAUCACCUGUUCAGCUGACAAGAAUCUACGCCUCUACGAUCCCCGGAGUGGCAGAGGAACAACGCACACUGUCCAGAACACUUACCUGGGGCACUCGCAGUGGGUCCAGACAGUCUGUUGGUCUUCCAAUGAGGAGCAUCUCUUCAUUUCCGGAGCCUAUGACAAUCAGGUGAAGCUCUGGGACAUGAGAAGUCCAAAGGCUCCGCUGUACGAUUUAUCCGGGCAUGAGGAGAAAGUGAUGGACUGCGACUGGUCCAAUCCCAAGUACAUGGUGUCUGGAGGAGCAGACAACACUGUAAGGAUCUUCAAAUCCAAAAAAGUGGCAAGAUUUUGAAAUGAUAAACUCAAAAAUACAAAAAAUAAAAAUUGUCUAAAAA